AUACACCGACGCGUAGGGAUGACGCAAAAUGACGCGUCAUUUUUAUUUUACAACUACACUUUUAAACGUUUCAACUUUCAACCAUUACACACAGAUUACAAAGUUUGUUUAAUACCACCGUAAUAUCUUAAGCACAUCGAAGGCUUCGAUUUGUGCCGCCUGCAAAACAUCGCCUGUGUUUAAUGGUCGCUAUGGAAACUCGACAAGACUGCGAACAAGCAAAGAAAGACGACGCGUGUUUGGAGGAUUCGCUCUUAAACGCGGGUGCUUCAGCGAUGUCUGCCCCGGCCAAAGAGGAGCCAGAAAAAACACAAGCAUGCGUCAACUUUGGAAACCCAGUUUUCACUUGCACCACCAUACCAUCUUGUAAAGGUGUAACUCGAUCGCGGUGGUCUCAACGUCAGAACCCCCUGUACAGGACCAGCUCCGCUGACUACGGCCUGUAUCCUCCCACCGUUGAAACUACACCGUGUACAUACCAUCCUAAAUCACAGAAAUUCACCAAUCUCCUGAGCAAGACUGGAAUGUACCGUGACGAUUGCUUCAACACGACCCUUGACCGCAGCAGAGUCUAUGACUGUCCGAAUUUACAACACACUAUCUGAAAACGCAUGUAAUCACAAUAACUCUACGCUUUAUUUACCAUGAAAUUAUUGAGUUUGAAGAAAACAUCUAGCAUCAAUUCUGAAAAUGAGUAUGUUAUCUGAUCAGAAUACAAGGCUUGCACACAAGUGCCACAUUCUGUUUAUUAGCCAUUAAUUUCCAUGCAUAUUGUGGUUGUGUACAAGUCAAACUGUUUGGAAUAAAAUAUUGGUUGCAUUCAAAGGGA